CGGGGAUUUGGGGAGAAACUCGGAGCUCGUGUUUUCUCUGGGUCACAGGGUCGCCUGAGUCAUUCAACAGGUCCCUCUUCCCCUCACGGCACAGGGCGCCCGUGCCUUCCAUUCCUGCGUCUGACCCUGUGUCCUCCAGAUUCUCCCAGGGGCCCCUCCCGGCCUUCGCCACGCGGGGCCCCUGCCCACGCCCAGGGGAGCAAGGACUGUGCGUGGGCCCCUCGCUCUCAACGGGAGGCUCUCGUCCCCCGGGGAGCCCCUGAGUUUUGUUUUUGUUCCCUUUGUAAACUGGAGGAUCUUAAUUUUAUGUAGUUUUUUGUCCUGAGAAUUGAAAGAUGACAUCAGAUGAAAAAUCCCAGCCCGUGUUGCUAAUGCGGCGUCUUAACUUCUCUUUACAGGUCAACUUCGUCGCGGGCCAGCUCCUAGCCUUGCUGGCAGCCCUUUGGUUUCGGACUUACCUUCAUUCGAGUAAAACCAGCUCGUUCAUAAGACAUGUCGUUGCUACUCUUUUGGGCCUUUACCUUGCACUUUUUUGCUUUGGGUGGUACGCCUUCCACUUUCUCGUGCAGACGGGAGUCUCCUACUGCAUCAUGGUCGUGAUAGGAGCGGAGAACAUGCACAAAUAUUGUUUUGUGUUUGCUUUGGGAUACCUCAUAGUGUGCCAAAUUACUAGAGUCUAUAUCUUUGAUUAUGGACAAUAUUCUGCUGAUUUUUCAGGCCCCAUGAUGAUACUCACCCAGAAGAUCACGAGUUUGGCCUACGAAGUUCAUGACGGGAUGUUCCGAAAAGAUGAAGAACUGACCCCGUCACAGAGAGAUUUAGCUGUAAGGCGUAUGCCCAGCCUCCUGGAGUAUUUGAGCUACAACUGCAACUUCAUGGGCAUCCUGGCCGGCCCCCUCUGCUCCUACAAGGACUACAUCACCUUCAUCGAAGGCAGGUCGUACCACGGGACACAGUCAGGCGGGAGCGGCAGAGGAGAACCGCACUGCGAGAGGGCAGAGCCGUCUCCGAACGCGGCGGUCGUUCAGAAGCUCCUGGUCUGUGGACUCUCCUUAUUGGUUCACUUGACCGUCUCGAACGCAUUCCCUGUGGAGCACAACAUCGACGAGCAUUUUCAAGCUACCGCUUCGUGGCCGACAAAGGUUAUCUAUCUAUAUGUCUCUCUUUUGGCUGCCAGACCCAAAUACUAUUUUGCAUGGACGUUAGCUGACGCUAUAAACAACGCCGCGGGCUUCGGUUUCAGGGGAUAUGACAAAAACGGGGAAGCUCGUUGGGACCUAAUUUCCAAUUUGAGGAUUCAGCAAAUAGAGAUGUCAACAAGUUUCAAGAUGUUUCUCGAUAAUUGGAAUAUUCAGACGGCUCUUUGGCUCAAAAGGGUGUGUUACGAACGCGCCACCGUGAGUCCGACGGUCCAGACGUUCAUCCUGUCUGCCAUCUGGCACGGGGUGUACCCAGGAUACUACCUGACGUUUCUGACCGGAGUGGUGAUGACACUGGCCGCGCGAGCGAUGAGAAAUAACUGCAGACACUAUUUCCUCAAAUCCCCGCAACUUAAACUGCUGUACGACGUGGCCACGUGGAUGGCGACGCAGGUGGCCGUGAGUUACACCGUGGUGCCGUUUGUGCUGCUCUCCGUGAGGCCGUCCCUCGCGUUUUACAGCUCCUGGUAUUACUGCCUUCACAUUAUUGGUAUCUUAGUAUUAUUGUUGUUACCAGUGAAAAAAACUCAAAGAAGAAAGAACACACGUGAAAACGUGCAGCUGUCGGGAUCCAAAAAGGUUGAUGAAACAGGACAUGCGUCGGGACAGAAUAGUUUUUUCACGACAAACAAUGUGUGCAACCAGAACCAAGACAUAGCCUCUAGACAUUCGCCGCUAAAGCAGUGAUGGGAACAUGCUCGGCAGCUGUGUUUUCUGUUAACAGCGACCGAUCUUAGCACCUUCUCAUGGGGUUUGGGUUUGCUUGAAAAGAGAGUAGGUGGUGGGGCAGCCGGGCUGUUGCUGUAGGGAAUUUCCUGUGUCCCUGAUUGGAAACGGGAGUUAAAGAGCCCCUCCCAUGCCAUGUCCCCGGGGCCGCGCCUUAUAGAAAAUAGUUCCAGGAUUUCGACGGGCACUCAGGACCUCAGCAUAUGUCCGCAGGGUCAUCUGUGCGCCCUGUUGCUGAACGUACGCUGUGUUUCCCAAGGCACCGCGGAGGCCGGAAAAGAAUUGUGUCAAUCCGGACCAUCGAGAGAAAUGAACUUUUCCAAAUGAAUGUCUUGCCUUAAACCCUCUAUUUCCUAAAAUAUUGUUCCUCAAUGGUAUUUUCAAGUGUGACAUUGUGAGGACUCUAUGUCAAUAUUCCGUGUGAUGUGCUGCAAAGGAGUUCUGGGGACGUCUGAGACAGGGUGUUUAAGAGUGUGGCUGCUUUAAAAACGCAAUAAACAUCUCAGUAUUCGAAGGGUUUUCUGAAAGUAUCUCAAAUGACUAUAGUACAGAGUGAAUUUGUCAACAGCACGGAUGCCAAGUUAUAGGUAGCUUAUUUUCCUGGAGAGUUUAACUACCUUGUGUCAGCCAGAGAGCCCUCCUAGGAAGAAUUUCUUAAACGUAAUUAAAGAUCGGUAAUGCGAUACUUGAAGCUUAUUUUCUUACGAAAGAGAGAGAGAAGAUGAUGAAGGCAGGCAGCAGGCGUGAAGGAAGACAGGCCCGGGUGGCGGGGCCUGGAGCCAGGAGGCACGGCGCACGGGGCGGGGACCAGGUGCUGGGCAGAAGCACAUUCAUCCUUAUUUAUCUGAGUUUUUGUGAUAUGUAAGACGUAAAAGUUUAAUAACUUUUUAGUGUGCUGGACUCUUCAAUGAAAUCUGUCAAGCGUAAAUGAUGUAGAAUUAUAAAAGGGCUAUGAGAAUAAUAGUGGUGGCUGGCUCGAAGGCUUGGAAAGAGAGACCGCCGAGGGAGGCCGCUGUCGGGCUGGUCGCUUUCUCCCCCUUGACAGUUUAAUUCAUAUUUGGGAAGGUUUUAGGGAAAUGAAAACUUAAUGUCCUUGGGUCUGAGCCACGUUUUUAGAGAAUACUAUAAAUUAGUUUCCAAACUCCUAACUUCUCACAUUAAAAUUUUGCUGUUAAUACUUG